UAAUAAAAAUAAAACAUUGGGAUAUAAAAUAAAGGUAAAAUGUAAAAUUUUGUGGCAGGUGGUGAAAUAUGACAAGUUUAAAAGGCAAGCCAAGGACGAGUCUUGUUUAAAAGCCAAGUAGUACCAACCGUACCGUACUGUCUUCUUCAUUGCCUUUUUUUCUACCGCCAAAUCUUAAAAGUUUUCUCCACAAAAGCUUUUUCCCUCUCCUCCCAUGGCGGAUUUCUAAAAAGUUCUCCGGUGAUCUCAUAAUGCCUUCCGUUCAAAUCCGUUCUUCUCCACCCCCGGCGGUGACGGUUACCGAUCUCAAGCAACGAGUCAUCGCUUGUCUCAAUCGUCUCUCUGAUCGCGAUACUUUAUCCCUCGCCACCGCAGAGCUUGAUUCGAUCGCUCUUAAUCUCUCGCCGGAGACUUUUCCUCUGUUUAUAAAUUGUCUUCAGAGUACAGACUCUUCCGCCAAGUCUCCGGUUAGGAAACAUUGUGUUUCGCUUCUCUCUGUUCUCUCUCGUUCUCAUGGAGAUUCUCUCGCUCCUCACCUCUCUAAGAUGGUCUCCACCGUUCUCCGUCGCCUACGUGAUCCUGACUCUUCCGUCCGUGCAGCUUGUGCAACCGCUUCAGUAGAUAUGACCACCAGCAUCUCAGGAACUCCUUUCUCAAUCCUCUUGGGGCCAAUGAUCGAAACGCUUAUCCACGAUUGCGAUCCAAACGCUCAGAUCGGCGCUGCUAUGUGUUUAGCGGCUGCGGUUGACGCGGCUGAUGAGCUGGAUGUUGAGCAACUGCAGAAGGCGCUGCCGAAGAUUGGGAAAUUGCUUAAGUCGGAAGGUUUCAAGGCGAAACCGGAGCUUCUAGGAGUCAUAGGGAGUGUAAUAGGAGCCGUUGGCGGUAGAAAUAGCGAUAAGGCGGUGCUAGAUUGGCUAUUACCAAACGUCUCGGAGUAUCUAAGCAGCAACGAUUGGCGUGCGAGGAAAGCAGCCGCGGAGGCUAUGGCUAAAGUAGCUAUGGCGGAAGAAGAAUUAGCUCCACAGUAUAAGAAGGCAUGUGUAGGUAUUCUUGAGAGCAGAAGAUUCGAUAAGGUCAAACUUGUUAGAGAGACAAUGAAUCGUACGUUGAGUUUAUGGAAGCAACUUGAAGGUGAUUCAAAAGAGGUCUCAGAGCCUACUUCCUCCUCCAAAUCAGCUCAUUCUGGUUUGUCUGCGACUUCAGGAAAGAUAAGCAAUGCAUUGAAAGGCAAUGAUAGGAAUUCGAACGCACCAUUAAGCUCAAAGUCGAAUGAUGUUGAGCCCUUAGAUCGUAGUAACACUUCUAAGGAUGUUGAGCAGGAAGCUAUGGAGUCGAAAGACAAGCGGAAUCAUUCAACAUUGGGCGCUAAGCGGAAUCUGUUCCCGGCAAAAACUUCUAAGGUCAAAGAGAACAGGUCGAACAAGUUGAACAAGUCACAAGUUGUUCAGAGUAGUGAUGAGGAGAGUCCUAAAACUGACAGUGGUAGUAGUAGCAGUUCUUCUCAGGCAAAGAAUAAUGCAGAAGAGUUGUCUCUAAUAAGAAACCAGAUUACUCAGAUUGAAAAACAACAGUCCAGUCUGUUAGAUCUCUUUCAGAAGUUCAUGGAGAGCUCGCAGAACGGAAUGCAAUCUCUGGAGAGACGAGUACGUGGUCUAGAAACAUCCUUCAGCGUAAUCUCCACUGAUUUGUUAGUCUCUCGCACCAUAACACGAAACGAAAAUCACAAACGUAACGAAAGGCAACACUUUACCUGACACAAGACUUUCAAAAUAUUUAGCUUGCCAACAAGAUUCAUUGUAUAAUACAUAAACUCUAAGCUAAUGUAUUUUACAUUCAUUUCGACUUUGUGUAACCAAAGGGAUGGUUCGUUACCUUUAGUGAUUUGAUGCCUUGUAAUGUUUUCUCAUAACAUGAUUAUAUCUUUCUUUUUUUCCCGCUU